AUGGCAUCUUUCCUUGCAGCAUUCAAUGCGUCCCUCGUCCGUAGGCCGAUGCUCACGCAAUGUGUCUCGUCCGGGGUUAUGUUCGGAGUCGGCGACAUACUCGCUCAGCAGGCGUUCGAAAAAAAGGGCAAGAACCACGAUCUCGUACGGACCGCGAGGGCAGCGUUCUAUGGAGGGGCGCUUUUUGGUCCUCUGCUCACUAAAUGGCUGCAAGUCCUCAACCGGCUGCAGGUCGCAUCACCUGUGAAAUCCGUCAUCUAUAAGGUGUACCUGGACCAAACCGUGUUUACACCAGCGGUGGUUGGAUUCUUCUUUGCGUCGAUGACGCUAAUGGAAGGGAAGACGAUCGCUGAUGCCCAAGAACGUCUCAGUAACUCCUAUGUACCCACUCUGCUGCGCAACUGGUGUGUCUUUGUGCCGACGCAAAUAAUCAACUUCACAUUUGUACCACCACACAUGCGCUUCCUUACAGUGGGCGUCGUUGCCCUGUUCUGGAACUCGUACCUUAGCGCUGUCAAUGCGAGGCAAGCUCGUUUGGCAGAAAGUCUCGUGGAAAAGGUUCAUGAAACCGUGAACACAUCUGAGUUGACAAUAGCAUGA